AUGUCUCUUUCACGCCACAUCAACGCUGACGACGUCAUUCAACGGGCCAAGGAGCAUCCGCGCUUCAAGCACACUGGCCAGGAGGGUCGACAAACUCUGCAUCAGUCGUGGUCCCGCGACGAGGAUGCUGCCAGAGCGCCCAAAUACACAAUUCCCGAAGUCGGCAUUCCCUCCAAAGCAGCAUACCAACUCUUGCAUGAUCAAACUGCGCUGGAUGGAAACCCAUUGCUCAACCUAGCAUCAUUCGUCCACACAUGGAUGCCUGAAGAAGCUAACCAACUUAUAAUGGAAAAUCUCAACAAAAAUCAGGUCGAUCUGGACGAAUACCCAGCCGCAACAAUAAUCCACAACCGCUGCAUCUCGAUGUUGGCCGACUUGUGGAGAGCGCCUAAGGACCUAAAAGCCAUCGGAACUUCCACUGCUGGCUCGUCUGAGGCCAUCAUGCUCGGUGGUUUGGCCAUGAAGAAACGCUGGCAGGAGGCGCGCAAGGCAGCGGGCAAGGAUCAUUAUCACCCCAACAUCGUCUUUGGCUCCAACUGUCAGUGUGCUCUGGAGAAAUUCGCCAGGUAUUGGGAUGUUGAGGCUCGUCUUGUUCCCGUCAACAAGUCAACUAACUACGUCAUGAACCCGCACGAUGCUUUGCAGUUCAUUGACGAAAAUACCAUUGGAGUUAUGGUCAUCAUGGGCUCAACCUAUACUGGUCAUUUCGAAAAUGUACAACUCAUGUCUGACCUCCUUGAUGAACUGCAAAAAAACACUGGUCUCGAUGUCCCCAUCCACGUCGACGCGGCGUCGGGUGGUUUCAUUGCCCCCUUCGCGUACCCCGACCUCAAAUGGGCAUUCGAUGUUCCCCGUGUCGUGUCUAUCAACACUUCUGGCCAUAAGUUUGGGCUGGUUUACGCUGGUCUGGGCUGGGUUUUGUGGCGCGACGAAUCCUAUUUGCACAAGGAUCUUAUUUUCGAGCUUCACUAUCUCGGAAGCGUCGAAUACUCGUUUACCCUCAACUUUUCAAAACCAGCAGCUCCCAUCAUUGCUCAGAUGUACAACUUUUUAAACCUUGGUUUCGACGGAUAUCGCCGUAUCGCCAUCAAGGACCUCCGAAACGCUAGAAUGCUUGCACGUGCCCUUGACGCCACGUAUUUCACAGUACUCAGCAACGUACACAAACCAGUAAAGGACCUCGCUGGACUCGACGAUACGGACGACCCGAAUCUCUACGAGAAGGGCCUUCCUGUUGUGUCGUUUCGACUCUCAGACAAAUUUGCGGCAGAGUACCCCCAUGUUCAACAAGCGUGGGUUCAGUCGAUGCUGCGCACCAAGGGCUGGAUUGUGCCCAACUACAAUGCCCCGGAAGGCGAGGCAGAAACCCAAAUUCUGCGUGUUGUUGUCCGCGAAACUCUCAGUGAGGACCUCAUCGAGCGACUGAUCGUUGAUAUUCUCGAGAUCACCGAAGGCCUCAUGGGUACGUCUGCUCGUCCUCGCUCUCUCCAUGUAGCAAGGCAUGCAAGCGAGAAGCUUGUAGCUGGUCUACGGCCAUCGAAUGCAUUUAUGCCCGUUCCCUCUCACGGAGCUUUUUCUCGUGACUCAGCGCCGUCAUUCAUUUCCAUUCCACUAUUACCUUCCUCAUCGCGUCUUCGAGUGCCGUCAAUUGCCCCCUCCUUGUCGAUUGGUGGCACCCCAUUGUCCCCCGUAGCUACGCGUGGUGUUGCUGCUCUUGGGACUCACAGGCACCAAGACGGCGGUGGGACAGUUGCGGCACUUGCAAAGCUUGCUCACAUUCUUCUCCUACCAUUCACCUCCAUUUUUUACCUCUUCAUCAUGCUUUUGUCUUUGUUCUCCUUCAACUCCAAACGCUCCACCUCCCAUGUUAAUGCUGCCCACAUGCUGCCCAAGGCGAUCGCGGUUUCCAGCCAACCGGACAAAGAACACGGACGACCUGAUGUGAAGAAUUUCGGUGCAGGGGACAAGGAGGCCUCCCAGGGCCAGUCAGGUUUUGCGCGUCAGUGCUGA